CCGGUGAGCAAUCAUGGCUGGAGCAGUUUCCCGCGCCAUCAUGACCGGCGCAAGCACUGAUGUCGAUCGCAAACCCCAUGAUUAUGGAGUUCGUGAGGAUGAAUUCCCUCCAUGUCCCACCUCCCCACCCACCCCUAAUCACAGUCCUCUCUUUCAAUGAUUGGGCAGAUAUUCUUUGGGCCGCUUCGAACGAUGGAGCAUCAUUCUUAGAAGUGUCGAAGAACCUUGUCCUCAAUGCUAAGCAGGUGUUAGAAAAUGAUUUGUUGACGGAGGCAUCCGUCAGGGAUAGUAUGGCGAUGAAGGAGAAGGUUUUUGUUGAUUUGUGGAAUGCGGAGUCUCAGUUCCAUUCUGAUUUGGUCCAGAUGGACUCAGGUGGGCUUAGAUUAUCGGAGCCAGACUCAGAUGAUGAUGAUGGUCUCAUUCUCACUGAAGAGGAGAGGAAUUUUCACGCCAGGUAUGUCUCCGAGUCCAAUGCACAGAUGGCCGCGGGGAUGGCCAAGGAUAAAAGUAGGGAAGUCAACAAGUUUUUUCGCAACGCCUUCCUUCCCAUAGCUCCGGCUAGGCGGAUUCAGUCUGAGGCUAGGUCGAAGGGCGAUAAGGCUUGGGAUUUUGAAACUUUCAACCACGAAGCCCCAAUUAGUGUAAGUGCGUAUAGGCUCCUUGCCUCCCUCACCGAAGUGGAAAUGGACCGCUGUUAUGAUAAGGCUUUGUUGGAGAAUACUGAACUCGUCAAAGGCCCGUACCACCGCACGUCGGAUACGAUGAAGCUCCCGGUAGUUGGCCACUUUGAUCUGUUGAAGUGCUCUAUUACCUCAUCACAGCUUGCGAUCCGAGGGUUCUUCCCUCCGAAGGUCCAAACUCCUCUAGUUGAACUGAAGAGGAUCUGGAAUGUUGGUCGUCCUUACCUCAAGUGUCGCUGUUUGGAAAGCGGGACCGAAUCACCCUAUGAAGAGCGUUCUUGCCGACGCGUUAGGUCUCUGGAAGCGGAGCGGCUGUCUGGCUGUAGUGGAAUUCCCAGAUUCCAACUGCGAGGUGAUGGUGGAUUCCGGAGGGGUGUCCGUGAUGAUAGCGUGCUGUUGGCUAGGAGGGGAUUCACGACCGCCUUCGGCAACAGGGGCAGGCCUCACAUAGUACGAAAGUAUUGUGUUGGCCGGCCUUUUCACUGGCCGAGCAGCCCGGGUCUCAUUCCUCCUGCGCUUGGAGGGGCUCUUGAGAUUGUAGACCUUGUGAACUCCAGGACCUUCAUUCCUACCCCGGCUAUCAAGCUUGCUACCGACUUUGCCAGGAGACAGGUCAGAAACCAGUUGUCUACUCUCGGUUUGAAGAGACAUUCAGAUCCCCCAUCUCCACUGAAUGUCCAUGCG